AUGCGGGGAGUCGACCGGUGGUUCUAUCGCCUCUCGCUGGUAGCCCUUUGGGGGCGCCUGGCUGCAAGCACCAGCUGCUACUUCCCCGAGGGCAACGUCGCCGAGAACUACACACCAUGCUCCGACGACGGAGACUCGUUCUGCUGCAAUGAGAAUUCCAUUUGCCUGUCCAACGGCCUGUGCACCUCCAUGCAUCAGCCCUAUGUGCUCGGUCGGGGAGCCUGCACGUCCCAGAACUGGAACGAGACCUCCGUCUGCGAUGAUGUCUGCCAUGGCAUUACCACCGCGUGGGGGACCGCAUGCUCCCUCAUCUUGUACAGCGACGUGAACGGGAAGAUGCUGUACUGUCCCAAUUCGAUCGUCUCGAAUGGCACCAAGUCGAUUGGCUGCGCGGAUGGCGUCUCUCCGAUCCAAGUGGCCACGGGCACGCCCAUCGCCGGCAAGGCCUACUUGGCCCAAUACACCCUGAACAGCGACAUCACAACGAGCAAUACCACCUGUAAUAGCACUAGCAGCAGCAGCAGCAGCAACGACAGCAGCAAUAACAGCACCACUGGCAACAACAGUAGCACCAGCAGCAGUAGCAGCAGUGGCACGGACGAUGGCGACCACGUCAGCCGAGCGACGUUGGCGGCCGUGGGCGCGGGCGUCGGGGUCCCGCUGGGGCUGCUGGCGAUGGCCUCGCUGGGCUAUGGCUUCAAUGAACGACGGAAGCGCAUCCGACUCCAAAACUCCCCGGCAUUUAUGUCGCAAAUCCAUCACACCACCGCCUAUCGAUCCACCGUGCAGGCCAAAGAGCUGACCGGCCAUAUGCCGCUCCACGAGCUGGGGGAUAUGAGGAAUCGACAUGAGCUGGCUGGCACAGUUCCGUGA